AUGGCUGAGAAUAGACACAUAGAUCAUCUGCACGAGGAUUAUGUGAACCUGAAACUUCACAUGGAGCAAAAGAUUCAAGAACUGGAAGACGCUGAUGUCAGAAAGUGGUCUAAACAACAACUGUCUCUGGCAGCUGAGAGAGAAUGGAUUCUGAAGCAGAGUAAAAUGCAAACAGAACUGAACUGGCAGCAGCUCUGUGAGAAUGCUGAAAGUAAAUGGUGUCAGAAAUCAGAGGAUCUAAUACACAGCCUGUCUUCAUCAAAAGAGGAGAUGUUUCAGUAUGAUGAUGAAAGUUCUCUGUGCAAAGAUAUCCCUUCUUCGGAUAUAAAAAAGCUGCAGGAACAGAACGCCAGCCUUCGGGCUGCUAUUGCACAAAUGAGGAAAGAAAUGGAGAGUCUUGAUGAGCAGAUGUUGUCUUCUCUUAUUCUAACAGAAGGCAGACAGCCUGGAGAGCAAGGUUCAUUGAGCACAGACAAAACUUCAACUGGAACCACACUGAGCAACAUCAAAGUCAAUUUGACUAAGUUGGAUUGUAUAGUAAACCCAGACACAGAAGAGGGGCCAGAACCCAAAGUUCUUGAAGAAAAUAUGGUAGGUUUUGGACAACAGCUACCUGAUGUUGGUUGUCAGUAUAGUGUCAAAUGCACUCUACGAGGACUGCAAAAUAAACUCAAGGAAGCAGCAAGAAAAAUCUCUAUUCUGAGCCAAGAAAAGCAGCAGCUGAUUGAAAUGGGAAACAGUCUCAGGGCAGAACUGGUGUUAAAGGAAGGACUCUGGCAUCCUGUUAGCUCUAAACACUGCACAGUUUGCAUUGCCUCUGGUAGUCUUCUUCCAAGAGAACUGGUCAGAAGAACACAGUGUCAACUAUCAGUUCUAAAGCAUCUACAGCACAGACUCUCAGCACAGGUCAUUGAUCAAAGACUGGAGACAACUGGCCCUAAAAUUGAGCCCUGGGAAACACCAUUAGUGACUGGCCACAAGACAAAUGGUUCUCCAUAA